UAUAUUACAACAAACAAAGUAACAUACACGCACGCAGACAUGAUUGAAUAGCGAUAAUAAUCCCCUUUCUUUCUUUCGUAUUAUAUUCAUUUUCCAGUUCCGAAUAGAAGCGGAAGAAUUAGUAAGUAGCAGUCGUAGUAGUAGAGAUCAUGACGAUUGUCCCACUUAUAUGAUCGAAGAAGAAGGGCUUUGCUUCUUCCAAUUUCGUGAAAAAGCCCUAAAAAUUGAGGAUUAUAUAAAGGCCAAAAUCCGAAGUCCAGCCAUGGAUAAUGGAUACGACGGGAAACUGGCCGAGAAAUUCUCGGGUUUGAAGUUAGGGUUAGGGUUAGGGAUGGGCUCCUCUAUUGGCGAUCCUUCGUCCGAUGAUAACGCCAAUAAUCCCAAUGACAGUAGUUUGUUUCAGGUCAUGAAAGCCGUUGAAGCUGCCGAAGCCACCAUCAAGCAACAGGUCGAUGAGAAUAACCGAUUAAGGGCAGAGCUCCAACAUAAGAGUCUCCUCCUCCAGAAAUAUAAACUAGAUGAAUCAGGGUCCCUAAGGUCUCAUUCCGGUGCUGCGCAUGGCCAUGGAUCUUAUGAAUCUCCCCCGUCAGCUCCCUUUGUUAAAAGUCAACAAGACAGGGAUAAGAGCAUGAACAACACUUCUGCUGUUAGCCUACCUGGCACAUUGGUUGUUCAUCAUGAUGUGAAGCCAAAUAAUGAUGUUACUACACAAAGUCACGCAGAACCCCACUCUGACACCAGUAAGAUCAACGGGACAGUUAAAUUACAUCCUGGUGGUCACCCACCUGUGGAUAAUGCUGGAUUCUCUGCUUCAUCUACGACAUCGUUUUCCCCAGGAAGGUUCCAAAUGGAAGGAGAUUAUGAUUCCCGUUUCAAUUUGUCUGGACAAGGUUUGAUGCCGAUGACUGAAAUAAAUAAUUCUACUAGCCUCUGGAAGCAGGAUCUUACUCCUAAGAUUAGAGAGCACGAAGAAGAGAUUAUGCAAUUGCGGAAACACCUUGCUGAUUAUUCGAUAAAGGAGGCACAGAUACGCAACGAAAAGCAUGUUUUGGAAAAGAGAAUUGCUUAUAUGCGCCUGGCCUUUGAUCAGCAGCAACAGGACCUUGUUGAUGCUGCUUCUAAAGCUCUUUCAUACAGACAGGAUAUUAUUGAAGAAAACAUACGUCUUACAUAUGCAUUACAGGAUGCACAACAAGAAAGAUCGACAUUUGUUUCAUCAUUGUUGCCUCUUCUUGCAGAGUAUUCUCUGCAGCCGCCUGUUCCUGAUGCCCAAUCAAUUGUCAGCAAUGUCAAGGUUCUGUUUAAACAUUUGCAGGAGAAGCUUUACCUUACUGAGUCAAAGCUAAAGGAAUCUCAAUAUCAAUUGACCCCUUGGCGGUCAGAUGUCAACAACUCAAAUAUUGCCCCACCUUCGCCGUCUCACUCCAUAAGUGCAGCGUUGGCACCUUCAAACAUGAGUGGGCUUGAAUUAGUUCCUCAGCUGAAUUACACACCUGGAACUGGAAAAGAGCUGCUCUCUAACUCUGAUGCUCAGACAACUGCAGAAUGGGAUCUACUGGAUCGUCAUCAAAGUGGCACUGUUGGUGUUGCAACUAAUCACAUGGAAUCCGAUGACUUGGGGAGGUAUUCACCUCUUGCAAGCAGGACUUCUUUAGCUCAAGAUAUACCUACACAAAUAACGUUAAGUCAUGGUGAUGCACAUGUUGCUCAGUAUACUGAAGACUCCGCCAAUAAACAGGUCACAUUUCGUGACCCUGUGAGCCAUGGUGAGAUGGAUGAGCGAGGUGCUGAAGGAAACCAGAAUGAGAGAGAAUCAUCGGCUAAUUGGACUUCAGGAAACUCUCCUUACACGACAACACUCGAGGACCCCAGCUCCUCAUAUCCUUAUCUGCCACCAGUUUUAGAAGAACCUUCUUCCUCAUUUUCAGAGGCUGCAGAUGAUGAUCCCUUACCAGCAAUAGAUGCCCUCCAGAUUUCAGGUGAGGCUUAUCCAGGACAUGAGCUUCAAGCAUGUGGCUAUUCAAUCCAUGGAACAACCAGUUGCAAUUUUGAGUGGGUACGUCAUCUGGAAGAUGGAUCUGUUAAUUAUAUUGAGGGAGCAAAGCAACCUAAUUAUCUUGUUACGGCUGAUGAUGUUGAUACAUACCUUGCUAUUGAAGUCCAGCCUCUGGAUAAUAGGAAGCGUAAGGGUGAGCUUGUAAAGGUUUUUGCCAAUGGGAAGGAAAAAAUCACUUGUGAUUCUGAUAUGCAAAACCAUAUAGAGAAGACUCUUCAUAAUGGCCAAGCUUCGUACAAAGUCCUGUAUUCGAGUGGAUAUCUAGAUAUAUGGGAACCAGCUACAUUGGCAAUCAAGAGGGACGCCUACAGUAUUAAGUCCAGUAGCGCCAAUGGUGUUGUACUUACAGAAAAGUUUUCACCGUCCACAAUUGUUGCAAUUCCUUAUGGAAGUCUGACAGAAUUCAAUAUAACUGGUCUUGGUGGUGUUGAGCAUCUAUUGAAAAUAGAUAACAGUGCAGAUAUUAGCUGCUCUAGAGAUACAAUUGUGCUCGCCUUGAGACUUUUCAUUCGUAGGCAGGCUAGUGAAAGAAGAAAAGGAAAAGGAAAGAAAAGGGGUCUAUUCUUUAACAAGUAGAGCAAUUAUUUCUUCCAUCAAUAUGGUUCGUGUUCAGGCGCUUUAGUCCCAGCCAAAAAAAUCAUUGAGGUCCACUCUCCCAUCGAGUAUUGGUGUGUGCUGUUUUGAGAUUUCCCGAGAGCAUUAUUAUCAUAGGCACGAAAGAUUUUGUGCUGCAAUUGUAAUCCCUUGCAACUAUUAAUUUUCUAUUUUAGGUCCAUUUUGCUUAAUUUUUUAACUCCCCCCCUUCUCUCUCUAGUACACUUGAACUAACGUAGUGCUGGUUCUAUCCAGCGGUCUUAAUUGGUACGAGUACAGCCACAUUUAGCAUGGAGAAAUAUUAUGACCCUCGUUAAAAAAAAAAUCGAUAUAUACUUUUUUUUUCUUAAAUGACUGGACUAAAUGUCUACAGUAAUAAAAAUAUAAUUUCUAAA